CUGAGACGGGUAAAGCCGCGCGGCCGAGGGCAGAGGGAGCCGAGCCAGGCAAGCGGACCCAGCGCGGGGCAGCUCCAGCAGCUCGCAGCGAGCGGCCGGCGCCGCCCACACCCUCCGCGGGCUCUGCCACCUUCCCUCCUUCCUCGCACCCUACGCUGCCGGCCGGCCAGCCAGCUCGCCAGGUUCGCUGCCCCAGCUGAGCCCAGAGGUCACCGGCCCUUGCCUCUGCUCCCCUGGGCCGCGCGCCGCUCCACGCCCUCUCCUCCUCCUGCCCCGACUGCGCGCCUGGCACCGCGAACCGUUGCCUGACGCGAGGCCCAGCUCCACUUUAAGCCCCGCGUCUCCUCCGCCUGCUUUCCUCUUCCUCCUCCACCACUACCAACUCCAACUCCUACUCCUUCGCUUUCUCGCUCCACUCGCGAACCCCCGCCCCCGCCCGACGUGGUGCCCCUUGGCCCGCGCCACCCAGCGCCGCUUCCCGUCCCGUCUCCUCCUGUCCCAAAGGUGGAACGCGUCUACCCCGGGCCCGCAGCAUGGCACGGUUCGGCUUGCCCGCGCUUCUCUGCCUCCUGACCGCUCUCAGCACCCCGCUGCUGGCUACCGAGCUCAAGUCGAAAAGUUGUUCGGAAGUGCGACGUCUCUACGUGUCCAAGGGCUUCAACAAGAACGAUGCCCCCCUCCACGAGAUCAACGGUGAUCAUUUGAAGAUCUGUCCCCAGGGUUCUACCUGCUGCUCUCAGGAGAUGGAGGAGAAGUACAGCAUACAGAGUAAAGAUGAUUUCAAAAGUGUGGUGAGCGAACAGUGCAAUCACUUGCAGGCCAUCUUCGCUUCCCGAUACAAGAAAUUUGAUGAAUUCUUCAAAGAGCUCCUUGAAAAUGCUGAGAAAUCCCUGAAUGAUAUGUUUGUGAAGACAUAUGGCCGCUUGUACAUGCAAAACUCGGAGCUAUUUAAAGAUCUCUUUGUGGAGCUGAAGCGCUACUACGUGGUGGGGAACGUGAACCUGGAAGAAAUGCUAAAUGACUUCUGGGCUCGCCUUCUGGAGCGCAUGUUCCGCCUGGUGAACUCGCAGUACCACUUCACAGAUGAGUACCUGGAGUGUGUGAGCAAGUACACUGAGCAGCUGAAGCCCUUUGGAGAUGUGCCUCGAAAACUGAAACUACAGGUCACCCGAGCAUUCGUGGCGGCACGCACUUUUGCUCAAGGCUUAGCAGUGGCGAGAGAUGUAGUGGGCAAAGUCUCUGUGGUAAAUCCCACAACCCCGUGUACCCACGCCCUGUUGAAGAUGAUCUACUGCCCUCACUGCCGGGGUCUGGUGACCGUGAAGCCCUGUUACAACUACUGCUCAAACAUCAUGAGAGGCUGUUUGGCCAACCAAGGGGAUCUCGAUUUGGAGUGGAACAAUUUCAUAGAUGCGAUGCUCAUGGUGGCAGAGAGACUGGAGGGUCCUUUCAACAUUGAGUCUGUCAUGGACCCCAUUGAUGUCAAGAUCUCCGAUGCCAUUAUGAACAUGCAGGAGAACAGUGUGCAGGUGUCACAGAAGGUGUUCCAGGGCUGCGGACCCCCCAAGCCCCUGCCAGUGGGACGGAUUUCUCGUUCCAUCUCUGAAAGUACGUUCAGCGCUCGUUUCCGACCCUAUCACCCUGAGGAACGCCCGACCACAGCGGCUGGCACCAGUCUGGACCGCCUGGUGACAGACGUCAAGGAGAAACUGAAGCAGGCCAAGAAGUUCUGGUCUUCUCUUCCGAGCAAUGUUUGCAAUGAUGAAAGGAUGGCUGCGGGAAAUGGCAACGAGGAGGACUGCUGGAAUGGCAGAGGCAAAAGCAGAUACCUGUUCGCAGUGACUGGAAAUGGAUUAGCCAACCAGGGCAAUAACCCAGAGGUCCAGGUUGACACCAGCAAACCAGACAUACUGAUCCUUCGCCAGAUCAUGGCUCUUCGGGCUAUGACCAGUAAAAUGAAGAACGCUUACAAUGGGAAUGAUGUGGACUUCUUUGAUAUCAGUGAUGAAACGAGUGGCGAAGGAAGUGGGAGUGGAUGCGAGUAUCAGCAGUGUCCGUCAGAGCUUGAGUACAAUGCCACCGACCAUGCCGGCAAGAGUGCUCACGACAAAGCCGAGAGCGCUGGCGCCUGUCCUGGCUCACAACCCUACCUCCUCACUGUCUUCUGCAUCUUCUUCCUGGUUGUGCAGAGAGAGUGGAGAUAAUUUUCACGCUUUGAGAAAAAGCGUUCAUCAUCAAAAAGUUGCAAGGCACCAGUUAUCACUUUUCUACCAUCCCUAGUGACUUUGCUUUUUACAUGAAUGGACAACGAUGUACAGUUUUUACUGUGUGGCCACUGGUUUAAAAAAUGCUGACUGUUUUCAUUCAGUUUGUGGGUAAAAGGAAAUUCGUACAUUCAGUUGGUUCCUGCUUCCCCACAAUCAUAUUCAACGUGGCUAACAAUGUAGGUACAGAACUGUAGUUAGUUAUGCAUUUGUGAUUUUAUCCACUAUGUUGGUUUGUUCUAUUUUCAUUUUGUUUGUGGGUUUUUUUUUUCCAAUUACAGUCUCACCUUGUUUCUUACAAGAAAACCAGGGUCCUUUCUUGGCAUGUAACAUGUACGUAUUUCUGAAAUAUUAAAUAGCUGUACAGAA